AUCAAUACGCUGGCAACAAAGUGGGCAGAUGACGCCAAAUCCAAAGGCAUAAAUGGUAAGUUAAGACCGUUCAACCAUCCGUUUCUUCAAGCGGUGGCGAUGUUCUUUGGCGAGUUUCUCUGCUUUCUCGCGUACAAGGGCAUGUACCUGUACUACAAGAAGAAGGACUACACCAAUGAAAUGAUGCCCGACUCAGUUCGGGGCAGCACCUCCUUCAGUCCGUUCAUCUUCCUUCCUCCGGCUCUCUGCGACAUGACGGCCACCUCGUUGAUGUACAUUGGUCUCAUUCUCACUAGCCCGUCUAGCUUUCAGAUGCUCCGAGGUGCUCUCAUCGUCUUCACCGGCCUUCUCUCUGUCGCCUUCCUCGGACGGCGACUGAAGAUCUACGAAUGGCUGGGAAUUCUCCUCGUCAUUUGCGGUCUGGUCAUUGUCGGCCUCAGCAACAUCAUCUCUGGCAAAGACUCGCAUGAUCAUGCGUUGAACAAGAUUAUCACUGGCGAUCUGCUGAUCAUCAUGGCGCAAAUUAUCACCGCCACUCAGAUGAUUGUCGAGGAGAAGUUCGUCAGCGGGUCGAAUGUGUCGCCGCUGCAGGCCGUCGGCUGGGAGGGCAUCUUUGGCUUCUCCGUCCUCUCGGUGCUGCUGGUGCCAAUGUACUUUAUCCACGUUGGGAAGGACAUCUUCCAGAAUCCCGAUGGACAGAUUGAGGACGCCUUAGACGGCUUUGUGCAGAUUGGCAACAACUGGCAGGUGGCUCUUGGUUUGAGCGGAACCAUUCUCUCAAUUGCCUUUUUCAACUUUGCCGGCAUCAGUGUGACCAAGCAGAUGAACGCUACUACCCGAACUGUUCUUGACUCUGUUCGCACACUGGUCAUCUGGGUGAUCAGUCUCAUUCUGAAGUGGGAAGUCUUUAGCUGGAUUCAGCUGGGCGGCUUCAUCGUCCUCAUCAUUGGCAUGUGCGUCUACAAUGACAUUCUCUUCCGACCGACGAUCAACAAGUACCGCAACAAGGACGUGGAAA